AUGGUUCCAACAGUACUUCAUGGGAAUAUGCGACCAGUGCUCUUAAAACUGGAAAAAUUGCCACUUGGUCAGUUACGAAACGCUGGUAAAACUAAAAUAAGCAGUUUGAAUAAUGGUAACACUGAAGAAGAGAAGUGUAAGAAAUGUAAAAAGCUAAUAGCGAAAUUGUUUAAUACUCAUGAUAAACAAUCGACAGUGAAUGCCACAACUGCUAAGCGUGAUGAAGAAAAGCUGAUUCAAAAAUUAGAAACGAUAGAAGAGCAACCAUUAGUAGAGGCUGAGUCAAAAGUCGAAGGUUUUAUUGCUUCACCGAAAAUAUUGGGAAAUAAACAUCACACCUCACAUCCUGUUGAUCACAAUUUACAAAAUAUUUAUGGAGCCAAUAAAAGGACGACUUUAGACGAUAUUGCUAUAAAGUUGAUGAAUUUGCCAAGCAAUGAAAUCGAUGAAAAUUUGAGAGAAAAAUUUGAGAAAUAUAGAAAUUUCAUAAUCCAAAAAAAUAUAAAGACAGAUGAAAUAUAUGACAUGGGUAAUAAUAAUAAGAAAACAGAAGAAGCAAUGGAUCGACCAGGUCUGAGAUGUAAUGAAAGACCAGUUAUUAGUGAUGAUAGUGAGGCUGUUGCGAAAAAACGAAGUGAAAUGCUCGUUGGCAAAUCCAUUGAUGAAUCUGAAGAUGUCUCUAAAAAUAAUGAAUUUAUAUCUGAGCGCGAAGAUAAACAACUUUCUGAACAGUCACUGCUAUUUUGUAGAGAAUACGAGAUAAAUUUAAAAGAAAACUCAACUGAAAACACCUGUAGGGCGGAAAAACCGCAACCGUUGCAUAUUGACGUAGAAUUUUUAACAUUCAUUGAGAAAAGUUCUUCGAGAGAGAGAAUUCUAAAAAAAUUAGAAGAACCGGGUAGCGACCAAUUUAUUACAUCAUUUGAACUCACACGGAUUCCUUUACCAUCGAAUGAAACUGCGAUCUCUACUCAGGAGAGCAAAAUACUUACCAACGGAAAACCAGAAAUGGAGCAAGAUGAUAUAAAAAAGAAACCAACACUCUUAAAUACAGCAAUUUCCUUCAAGACUCUACCCAAAUCAAUUGAACGUGGAGAUGCUAUUUCUGAAAAAUAUUAUCAAUCUAAAGAAAUGGGUAGUUUCAACAGUGGUGCAUUAUCAAAUUCGAAAAGUUCGUUGCUGGAUCAGACCCAUCGCCAAGGUCACAAUGAAUCUACGACUACUGCCGACGUAGCUUUUAUGACCAAUUCGUCGAAAGAAAAGCAGAGUAAAACCACUAAUGCUGGAUCAAUGAAUAAACAAGAAGACGCAGUCGAUGACGAAAACAUUUCACUUUCGGAAUUACUGAGAAGGAUCAGACAACGAAAUAAAAGAGAGCAAGAAAAGAAAUACGAGCUCAAGAAACGGUGUUCGGAGACCGAGGGGUGGCUCAGUAAAUCUACCUGUUUACCAUCAUUAGACUUGCAGUCUCGAAGCAAAGAAUGUCCACCGCGUCCUUGUCGUAAAAAAGAUCCUUCAUCUCCAUGUCCACCUAAACCCAAAACACCUUGUCCACCUUAUCCUUCUGUGGAGAAGCCAUGUCCGGCACCCAAAAGCCCAUGCGAACGGCCACCUAUCUGUCCUCCACCGAAAAAUCCUUGUCCUACGCCAUGUCCUCCACCAAAAAAUCCUUGUCCUACGCCACGUCCUCCACCGAAAAAUCCUUGUCCUACGCCAUGUCCUCCGCCAAAAAAUCCUUGUCAUACGCCACGUCCUCCACCGAAAAAUCCUUGUCCUACGCCACGUCCUCCACCGAAAAAUCCUUGUCCUACGCCACGUCCUCCACCGAAAAAUCCUUGUCCUAAGCCAUGUCCUCCACCAAAAAUUCCUUGUCCUAAGCCAUGUCCUCCACCGAAAAUUCCUUGUCCUACGCCAUGUCCUCCACCGAUAAAUCCUUGUCCUACGCCAUGUCCUCCACCUAAAAAUCCUUGUCCUACGACAUGUCCUCCACCGAAAAAUCCUUGUCCUACGCCAUGCCCUCCACCGAAAAAACCUUGUCCUACGUCAUGUCCUCCACCGAAAAAUCCUUGUCCUACGCCAUGUCCUCCACCAAAAAAUCCUUGUCCUACCCCAUGUCCGCCACCGGAAAAACCUUGUAACCCUUGCCCUCAACCUUGCCCUCCAGCUUACCCUCCAUAUUGCCCUCCACCUUACCCUUACCCUUACCCUCCACCUUGCCCUCCACCUUGCCUUCCAUCUUACCCACCACCUUGCUAUCCAUCUUACCCACCACCUUGUCCUCCACCUUGCCCUUCACCACAGGAUCCUUGCAAGUCUCGCCCGGUUGGUCCACCUUCACAGAGCCCUGGCCCAUGUCCAGCACCCAAAAGCAAACCGUGUGGAUUCUACAUAGGCAACAAAUUCAAGGACACAAUUACUUUGAUUCUAUGUGAUUUCGGGUCAACGAAUAUAUUCAAAAACACGAUUGGAUUGUCCACGUUCAAUUGUAAUAUACCACAAAAUGUGGGAAACAACUCUCGCAAUCUUAUGAAGGCGUCGGUCACUGAAAACGUUUUUCUGAGACUUGUAAAAUUUGGCAAACAAAAUCUGAAUUUUCAGUAUAAAAAUAUUGCCGCGGACUCAGAGACAAUAUAUGAACAAAGAGAGAGGAGAGAGGAGGUAAUGUAUGCACGAAGUUUUGAACCCUGGACACCUAUUCCCUCCUGGCCGAUGCCAAAGAAGGAGGUAAAAAAACGCUUCAUUUGUCCUAAAGAAGGAUUCAAGUUACCCACACCAAAUUCAACUCAUUCAAAAGGCCAAUAUAAGGAAACACCUUGUACUAAGCCACGGUGUCCAAAAUUUUCAGUCAUAGACACCUAUAUAAUUCCAUAG